AUGACUCCCAGUAAAAGCCCUUCAGUUUCAGGACAGCAGUAUUCGGAAAUACCGACUACGGAGGCAACACAGCAUACGGCAGGGUUACAGAGCCACGAUCUUUCAUCAAACUAUUUGGCACCCUCGGCCUUAGCAUACGUGGCGACAUCAUCGCAAAAUUCGCCAGAGCCGUCUCAAACUGAUUUACAAGGACAUUAUAUUGGGCCCGCAUCCGGAGUCUCUUUUCUGCUCAGGAUCCAGAAGCGCUUAGAUCAGGCAAUCUCGUUCUCUCACCCUAGCAGCAUCUUUACUUUUGGCGAUGCUCCUCUGCAUCCUCCCGAAUUCGACCCUUCCUUUUGCAUGAUGCUCCCCCGGGAUGACGCUCAGCGGUUGGUAGACCGGUACUUCGAUUUUGCGAUGCCAACGUACCGCUUCCUUCACCGGCCCACGAUUCAGGAAUGGUUCGCGGAAUUUUAUGAUACUCUCGGCACCAUGCGCGAUGCACAUCGUGCUCCAGCUAAGAUCGCUUUGCUCUUCAUGGUAUUUGCCCAGGCCAGGGUGUAUAUGCCUGACAAUGACAGGCCGGGCCUGCCAGACCUGAGUGCCCGAUACUUCCUAGCAGCCGAGCAUCAACUCACCAAGGAGAGGGGCUCAAUCCGCUUGACCAGCGUUCAAGCACGCUUGACUCAAUGCUAUUACCUUCUCACUCAAUCUCGCAUUAACCAUUGCUGGAGUCUGUUUGGCACAGUGUCGCAUUUGGCGCUGGCUAUUGGUCUCAACAGGAACAGGCGCCAUGAUGUAACAAGCGGAUUAAGCCAGGUCGAAGCCGAAUGUCGCCGCCGAACCUUCUGGUGUGCCUACACACUAGAUGCGUAUCUCAGCAUCACCUUGGGUAGACCACGGUCAUUUCACGACGAUGACAUUGACGCGGAACUUCCGGCAUGCGUCGAUGAUGACGAACUAAUGACAGACCAUAUCAUCACGCCUACUGUCAACAAGGGCCAAUCAAUCAUGCUUGCUCCACUUGCACAUAUGAAACUUGCUCGUAUUAUCAGCAAGAUCCUGCGCGAUCUUUACUCCAUUAAGCCCAUAUCAGCCAAUCGCCGGGCGGUUCUGACUGAGAGGUACUCGAAAGACUUGAGUGACUGGCGAGCCGAGUUGGCUCGGUUUCUAGACGCCGACUAUUUCAGCACCUCCCUUCUCAUUCCAAUCUUUCAGCGGCAACGGAAUGUUCUCAACCUCACCUACUGGCAUGCUAUUAUCCUCACUCAUCGGCCAUUCGUACUAAGUAACUUUGCGCGGCUUUCACAGCAAAGGAGGAACGCAGCUCUUGAAGACCCACAGACCGAGAAAAGUGAGCAGCAAUGCCUAAUGGCGGCGAUGAACACUGUAAAUACGAUUGAUGACAUCAUACAAAACCGUCAAAUGUUCCGUGCGUUCUGGAUCACGGCGUACUUCGCCUUCACCGCAAACAUCGUGCUUUACAUCUACGUGAUCCAGAAACGAGCAUCCCCACCAGAGGUCUAUAGCAACUAUUUUUCAGCCGCCACCCGAUGCCAAUCUCAUAUCUCGGGCAUCGCCGAGAAAGGAUCGCUGUCAGAGCGCUAUUGCCUCGUUUUGGAGGAAUUACGCGUCGAAGCCCUACGCCAGACGGGACGCAUACACCCGUCCAUAACGGGUCUGGGAGGGAUGGACAGCCACUCACAAGAGAAUGGUUACCAGACCACGUCAGCACCAAUGGACGGCAAUCCCAGUGCUGCCACCAAUUACACGGAUUUGAUGGGGGAAGCUACGAUUAACUUCAACGACAUGACAGGCUCUGCGCUUUCUGAUUACUCAGGCUGGGGCCAAUUCGCUUCGAUGGUCUCGUCGGGGCUGGGCAAUCUCGAUGCGUUCCUCAAUGACGAUCCAUUCAAACUCUGA